ACGGAACUGAAUUUUUUUCUUUUUAUAUUUUAUAACGGCGAGCGAAGGGCCAUCUCUUCUACUUCACUUUUGUGCGCGAAACACAAAUUGCUGAGCCUGAAGGUCAAUUCGAUUGUUCCUCUAAUUCAUCUUGCCAUCGUUAAUCGGCGUUUGCGGAAUCCAGUCGGCGUCGAGUUUUGCAGUCGAAGCCGAAGAUUUCCAUUCUCAGAUUCAAGAUUGUUCACGGAGCGUCUGGCUCGAGUACUCAGUUCCUCUCGAUGGACAAAGGAAUGCCCCCUACCCUUUUUGUCAACGAUGGUUCAUUUAUGGAAAGGUUUAAACAACUCCAACAGAAAAAUGGGGAUAAGGAUAAGGAUAAGGAUAAGGAUAAAGGUGCUAUCUCUGAGGAGCCAAAACCAAUCAAGAUUAUAGCAGGGACUUCUAUUCCACACAGUACCAGUAGUAAAACUGGUAUACAGUUUAAAGGUGGUGAGAUUCGUAAGACUGCUCCAAGUGGAAAACUUGCUUUCAGCUUGAAACAGAAGUCUAAGCUUGUGGCGCCUUCUGUUAAGUUAGGAGCAGAUGAGGAUGAAGAUGAAUCUGAUGUGGUAGAUGCAUCUGAUCAUCUACCAGAUAAGCGUCAAAAGUUAGGUCCACAAGAUGGUACUGAGCAGUCAGUAGUUCAAUCUGGUGAUGCACCACCUUCACCAAGUGAUCCUACAGUGAAGAAAGUUGCCGACAAGCUAGCAAGUUUUGUGGCUAAACAUGGAAGGCAAUUUGAGCAUGUAACUCGCCAAAAAAAUCCUGGAGAUACUCCUUUUAAAUUUCUGUUUGACGAGAGUUCUGCAGAUUUCAAAUACUAUGAAUAUCAACUAGCUCAAGAAGAAAAAGUUCUUUCGCAGACCGUCGAAUCUAAAACAUCCAAUGAUGGUGGGAGCAUUCAAACUUCUAAGUCAAGGGUUGGUUCCCAGAAAUCUCUCCAGCAGUCUUCCUCAUCAAAUUAUCAAUCCCCUGCCUCUGCUCUAUAUGAAUCAUCUGAGGAUUCAAGAACUUCUGUGGGUUCAUCUAAUACUACUGCAUGGUCUGAAAGGACAGGUGAAUCUAGGCCACCAUCAAGUGGAGAUCCAAUUGCAAUGAUGGAAUUCUACAUGAAGAAAGCUGCCCGCGAAGAGAAGAUGAGACAACCUAAACAGUCAAAAGAUGAAAUGCCCCCUCCCGCAUCUCUUCAAGCUUCUGCUUCUUCAGGGAAAAGGGGGCAUCACAUGGGUGACUUCAUUCCCCAAGAGGAGCUUGAAAAGUUCUUAGCUACGUGCAAUGAUGCAUCCGUCCGGAAAUUUUCUAGAGAAGCCGCUGAUAAGGCGAAAAUUCAGGCUGAUAAUGUGGGGCACAGACUCCUAUCUAAAAUGGGAUGGAAAGAAGGGGAGGGUCUGGGAAGCUCUAAGAGUGGUAUUGCAGAUCCUAUACUGGCAGGCGAUGUAAAAACAAAUAACUUGGGAGUUGGAGCACACCAACCUGGCGAGGUGGUUCCAGAAGACGAUAUAUACGAGCAGUACAAGAAGCGCAUGAUGCUUGGUUAUCGUUACAGACCAAAUCCACUGAAUAACCCCCGGAAAGCAUACUAUUGAAUGAUGAUGGUUCUGCUAGGCGUGAUCGAUCUGGGCUAUGUUUGAAAAUUGUGAGAAAAACCGAACUCCGUUGUUGGAACUGAAAUUAACUUGUUGAUCUAAUGGGUAUUGUUAUUGUGUUAAAUAUGCAUAGUUUGAAGCCUUAAUCA